AUGAGCGUUGCUGGCCCAGCACGCCUUGCUGCUCAGUUGGAGGAGAUCGCUGCAGAUGAGCUGCUCAAGAGCGAUAUGAAAAUUCUCCCAGCCAACUACACGUUCGAAAUACCGAAAACCAUUUGGAAAAUUCGUUCAACUGGCAGCAAGCAAGUUGCUCUUCAGUUUCCUGAAGGUCUCAUAAUGUACUCUGGACUGAUUGCCGAUAUUCUUGAAAAAUACACUGGCUGUGCAACCGUAAUCAUGGGAGAUGUUACCUAUGGUGCUUGUUGUGUGGAUGACUACACUGCGAAAUCUCUAGGCUGCGACCUUCUGGUUCACUAUGGGCAUAGUUGCCUUGUGCCAAUUCAGAACACUGAAGGAAUAGCAAUGCUUUAUAUAUUCGUCAAUAUUAACAUCAAUAUAAGUCAUUUUGUGGACUGCAUCCGGGCUAAUUUCACGGCUCCUUGUAAAAUUGCCCUUGUUAGUACGAUUCAGUUUGUUACCUCCUUACAGGCUGUGCGCAAUUCUCUGAAGGAUAGCGGCAUUGAAAUCAUUCUUCCACAGUGUAAGCCAUUGAGUCCAGGAGAAGUUCUGGGGUGCACCUCUCCACGACUCGAUGACAGCUGCGAUGCUGCCAUAUAUCUCGGCGAUGGAAGAUUCCACUUAGAAUCUUUGAUGAUUCAUAAUCCCACGUUGAAGACUUUCCAGUAUGAUCCGUAUUCGAGGAAAUUUACUCGCGAAUAUUAUGACUUCAAUGUGUUGAUGAAAAAUCGUAAAGGUGCUGUUGACAUAGCUCGUACAUGUACAACAUUUGGUCUCAUUCAAGGAACGUUAGGACGCCAGGGGAAUAUUAAAAUUGUAGAGGAAUUGGAACGGAAAUUGAUCAGCAAGAACAAACGGUUCGUACGAGUACUUCUGUCCGAGAUUUUUCCCGAUAAAUUAGCUAAAUUCGAAGAAGUUGAUUGUUGGGUUCAAAUCGCAUGUCCACGGUUAUCCAUAGACUGGGGUGUGGAAUUCAAGAAACCGCUCUUAUCUCCGUUUGAGCUUGCGGUGGCACUAGAUGAGAUCUCAUUUCCUUCCUCGCAUUAUCCAAUGGACUACUAUUCCAAUGAUUCACUGGGCCCAUGGACAAACAAUCACGAAUCCUAUCGACCUGUGAGGACAAAACGGCGAGAAAAACUCGUAGUGACUGCUGAGGGAGUAUGA